UGCAGCCGUACCUUCGACCUUACUGUACGAUUGUGAAACCUGACCCUUUAGAUCAGCUGACACAAAACCUAAUUUCAUUCGGCCACCGGUGCCUUCGCAGGUCGGCUCACAUCUGGCGGGAACGCCGCGUGAGCAACGAGCCUAUUAGCCGCCUUGUUCACGGCAAAGGACAAGAAAAUGAACUGCUCAGCACCGUUAUUUCUUGUACCUGUCUCCGAUGGCUUGGCCACGUGUUACACUUGCCAGACCACCGGCUUCCGCGACGUGUGUUGUUUGCGCUCUGGAGGUGUAAAUUAAAGAAGAGAAGUAGUGACCAAGUGAUGACUUGGUCGAGAGGAAUGAAGGCUGUUACUUAGAAGCUGGCCUCAGUUGCAGUUUUUCGGCUCCCUGGUUGCGGUCCGAAAGAUCAUGUACACGUAUGUCUGGAUACGCUUGCUGACACGGCUAUGGACCGAGCUCAAUGGCGUUUAUAUUAGGAAACCAGCAUGUUUAGUCGCUUGCAUGUGGAAGAAAUUCGACGACGAAAAUUGAAGCAGAAUCGUGAAACAAACAUCAACGGUACCAAUGCUGUUGGAAUGUGCCGGAACACAGGUACGAAUGAGCGCAAAGCACUCAACCUGUCAUAUAAUGUCGCUAAGCAUGUGGGUAGAUUCGGACAAAUAUCGCCGUUCUCCGACCAUAGACUCUCCUUACCGUUGAGACCCACUGGAUGCAGGGAGUCUAAACUUGCCCACAGAAUUAAGUCGCCUCUCUUAAAACAUGAGGAACCCAAUCGAGAAACUGUACCGAGCGGAUGUGCAACAGUGCCAAAGAAGGAAACUCCUGUGUUAGGACAAACAACAAAACAUCAGUCGGAUAAAAGCAAACAACCAAGUAAAGAGCCAAUUCGGAUAGAAGACUGUCACCAUCUUUGUCUGCCACAGCACGUAGUGGAUCGGUUACGACCUAUAUGGGCCCACUUUGAACAGUCCCCACCUCGAUUGACUCGACCAUCCGCAGAAGACGCUUUGACACCGAGCUUUCGAUUUGCAGAUGUGCGUAGCCGUCUUCGGAAAGCGAAAGAAGAGAUGAACGUGGAUUUGGACGAAAUGUUCUCCAAACUUGGCCUUAAUGUGGAUGAACUAAAGUCAAAACUCGACGCGACACCCAUAGUGGAGGAGAAAGUUCCCAAGCCUGAGGAAAAAUCAGAAACCCCGAAACGAGAAACACCACCGUUGGAAGACAUGUGUCCAUCGCCAAUUCCCCCACAUGAUGCACCACCAGCUAAGAAAAGAGUCUGCCGAACGAUAGACUACCUCUAUGAUUUAGUUGAGGACCGUCAACGAAAUCAGUCGGAUGCUCCAAAUGUGUUGACACGUAUCAACGCCCGAGCACACAGUUUGUCAGAUCUUAGUGAGCGGCUACACAUACCCGAGCACGAAAAGCGAACCGGUCCUAUCGGAAUGGAUAUACUGACAUUGAAAAUGUGCAGCAUGAGGUCAAACCGUGGUCAGAAAGUGCACAGUACGAAUUUUUCAAAGCCCCAGAGAAAGCAAACUUUCCUGAAACCAACGACACACCGUAUUGAAACAGUAGUGUUAACAAAACCAGAUGUUUUAUCUGGAAAUCACUUACAAAGAGAGGCAAGGCCACCAGGCAGAAUAGCUUCGAAGGAACAGCGAGGUGCCAGCAAUCAACCGCUUGGUCGCUACGACAAAGCAAGACAAAAGGAGACGCAUGAUGAUAGAAUGCAUACGUCCUUGGAUGGACACACCAGUGUACAAGAGACGAAAGGGUGGCACGAAUUACGGUCGUCCUUUAGACAAGGAGAACAGUUCGCGCACCCAACUAUACCUCAUUCAAUCUGGUCGAGCCCAGAAGCCCAUCCAGUACAGUAUCCCCGAAUACUCGAGGAUGAGAGAAGACAUAUGCUUGAUGUUGAAUGGCUAUUCCUUGACCCGUCGCCAGAACACACUGUAGCUCCAAGUCACCCAUUGUGGGACACACCAGAGGAGCUAAGAACUUCCACUAAUUUCACUCACUUCUACUUAUGAGUCGUUCAGAAUAGGUGUGCAUAUAUUUCCAUUUUCAUUAUAAUCAAUACCAUAGCUUUUAAAUCAUCAAAUAUAUGGAACACAAAUAGAGCUGGUUAGCAACUUUUGGGAUGGAGGAACUCGGAGUUGGAACCAAUGCAUCCAAUGAG